CCAGACGAGACAGACACCCCCGCUCCAUUUCCGAGGCAUGCCCAAUACGGGUCCAGUGACGUAUCCUUUCGGCUAGAGCUGUGACGUUGUGGCUGUCUGUAGUGGUGUUUCUGACUGCGUCUUGUUGAUGGUCGGGCAGGCUGCGAGAGGAGACACACGGAGCCAGCUCUGUGAACGACACAUAGAAAACCCACUCAACUCUUUCAUCACCAUGUAUAUAUGUGGAUGCAAGUGGAUUCAUAUUUUUUGACACACAACGAAGCAGACCGCAAGCCAGACACCAAGCCCCGACAGAAACAACACACACACACACACACACACGCAUAACAGUUUCAAAACACAAGAGCUCAAGUCCAGUCAGCGCCUGAAUGAACCUGUGUUUGACCAUGGCCAGCACUCAGACGAGUUUGAAGACCCACAUCAAAGGCCUGACCUCGUUCAAGGGCAACAUGAAGCGGCUGUACCGCGAACGGCUGGACUACGCGCCCAUCAAGAAGCGCGUCAUGGCCGAGAUCAACCUCAAGCGGCGCAGCCAGGAGACCGUCACCGGCCCCGGCGCCGCCAAGGUGAAGAACGAGCACGUUGACGCGGAGCUGCUUCGUGCCGAGAUGGACCAGAUCGCCCAGGGCCAGGACGUGCACGGCAUCGGCGUAGCCAAGGCACUCGACCUCAGCCCGGGUCUCAAGCACACCUUGGCCCAGUUCACCCUGAGCAGCCAGAGUUCAUUGGGAGGGCCUGCCGCCUUCUCUGCCAAAUCUGCCCAUGAGCCCGGCAACACUGCUGCUGCUGUAGCUGCCGCUGCUGCUGCUGCUGCAGCCGGUGCCCCCAUGGCCCAUCUCAACCCCAUGCCCUCCCCGCCGGCGCUGGGCAGCGGGCCGCUGCUGGUGCCCUGCGACAGCUCCACGGAGCUCACCCACUCCCUGCUGGAGGGCGAGUCCAUCUCGUGCUUCGCGGUGGGCGGCGAGAAGCGCCUGUGCCUGCCGCAGGUGCUCAACUCGGUGCUGCGCGACUUCUCCCUGCAGCAAAUCAACGCCGUGUGCGACGAGCUGUACGUGUACUGCUCGCGCUGCGACGCCGAGCAGCUGCACAUCCUGAAGGUGCUGGGCAUCCUGCCCUUCAACGCGCCGUCCUGCGGCCUCAUCACCCUCACCGACGCCCAGCGCCUCUGCAACGCGCUGCUGCGGCCCGGCACCGCCCUGCCGCCCGAGCUGGGCGCCAAGCUGUCGGCGCAGGGGCUGCUGAAGGAGAGCCGCGAUGCCUUCCAGGUGGAGCACUACUGCCUGGGCAAGUGCCAGGGCCUGUUCGUGCCGCAGUUCUACGUGGCGCCCGGCGCCCCCUGCAUCCAGUGCGUGGAGUGCCAGCUGCUCUUCUCGCCGCAGAACUUUGUCAUGCACUCCCACCGCUCCUCGGACAAGCGCACCUGCCACUGGGGCUUCGACUCGGCCAAGUGGCCCUGCUACCUGCUGCUGGCCCGCAAGUACCUGGGCUCCACCGACGAGCCCCGGCUCAAGCAGCAGCUGGAGGCCAUGAAGGAGAAGUUCCACUACCAGCACAAGCUCCAGCUAGACAAAGCUGUGGAUGAAGACCCCCAGAUGGUGAAGGCUAAUGCUAAUAACUCCCACUGCUCCACCAAUGGCAAGCUGUCUGAUAACGAGUCCACGAGAAAGGGGAAAGGCCACGCUGGCACGGUCUUCAACCAUCUGUUCCCUGACAUCAAAGAGGAACCUGGACACGACACCGCCAUCCACCCCAGCUACUACCUGUACCCCUACGAUAAGAUGCUGCCCCCCAACGUGUCCUUGAGGAAGGAGACGGAGGUCAACCAGGAGGUCCUGGGUGCCCUACUCAAACAGCACUACGGCCGCGGCCGGCAGGACACCCCGCCCAUGGAUCUGCACUCCUCUCCGUCUGCCGUGGCUCCUUCAGACCAGGCCGAGUCCCAGUGCACCGCUGCUGAGCGCCAGGCUCCACCGGCAGCCGAGGAGGUUGCCCUGGCAACCGGCGGCGAGAACGCCCACGCGCCGGCAACGGUAGCUGUGGCAGCUGCGGCGGAGGAGAAAGACGGCAGCAUCAGCACCACGGUUGCCGAGGACGACAAGGAGCGCAUCGUGCUGGAGAUCGUACAGAUGUACAGCCGGCAACAGGAGAGACUCCACGCCACGCUACACAAGCAGCUGCAGCUCGAGAUGGAGCUGGAGGCCCUGCGAGGAGGCUCGGCGGCGCGUCUGCGGGAGCUGAGUGUGGAGCGCAGCGAGCUGCAGACGGAGCUGGAGGCGGUGCACACGGAGCACGCCCAGAGGCUGGGGGAGGUGCGGCAGGAGCAGCGCCAGCUGGAGGCGCGGCUGGAGCAGCUACGACAGCAGACCUGCGCCUGCGAACCCAGCACACACAAACAGCAGGAGCAGCACUACACACAACAGCUGUCGAAGUUGCGUGUGCGCCUGGAGCGGGCGGAGGCCGAGCGGGCGGAGUUGGCGGAGGAGCUGACGCGGGAGCGCGAGGCCCGGGAGCGUCUCCAGCUCACCAUCACGCAGCUCCAGCAGCAGAUGGCUCGUACCUCCACCCUCGCCUCCUCUAACGCCAACACCAUCACCUCCUCCCCAAGCCACAGCCACACGCCCCCGCCCUCAAACACCCCGACCCCCACACAGGCCUCCCCCUCCUCCCCCUCGCUCGUCCCGGAGGUGUAAGGGACCACCACCACCAAUGCACCACCACCCAGCAGAGACAGACACGACAGCACUGCUGCUGUCCCAGUGAAAGGCCAGUUCCACCACCGAUAAACGCACCGCCAUCUUCACCUUGGCUCGACCUUCUACCCGCCUGGCCUGACCUUUUUUUCACCUCCGUGUUCAAGUUUCCUUCUACUUGCUCCUUCCCCAAACCCCCGGAGCCUGUGGGACAACCAGGCCACCGAGUCACAGGAGUCGAGUAAAAAAAAAACACACACACACGUGUAAACACACACACACACGUGUCCUACGAGGAGGAUCUGAGCUUUUUGUAAGAGACCUGAUGUGUGACUUGACGUUUAAUACAUUCUCUGCGUUUUCCCUGAUGGUUUUCCAACGUUAAUCCUGUUUUUCGGGGUGGGGAGGGGGUGAGGUUGUUUGUUUUUAUUGUUUUUUUUAUUUAAUAUAUCUCAAACAGGAUCCCUUUCCACAGUUCUCUUCCUGUUUGCUGUCUACCUGGCCCUUCCUUAUUGUUUUAACUGCCUGUCUUUUGUCCACAAUAUUUAAGAGAGUUUUUAUUUGCCCCCACUGUGUUUCAAUUUCACCUUUGUUGGUGUAUAUUUAUAGUUUUGGCUGGCGAAACCCGCUUUGCCAACACCAGGAGGUCAUUUGAAAGAACUUGCACCUCCCUCCUCCUACACACCCCACCCCCACCCCUCUCCCCAGUCCACCCUACACACAUCUAUUUGGACUUUGGAUGUGAUCCACAGCAACCCGCCCGGACUGAAUGAGAGGGAGUGUUGGCGCCGCUGAAAGACUGAACUCUCGUCCUGUGCUGGCUAGGAGGGGGCCUCUGGAGAGAGAGAGAGAGAGAGAGAGAGAGCCCUGGCCUGAGAGACCCUGUACUCUGGUUAUGCUUUCCAGCCCCCUUCUGCCACAGCGAGUUCACAGGACUCCCUCCCUGCCUGAAGAACCCAUUUCCAGCCACAGGGCCCCCCACCAGCGGAAGCAGAGAACUGCAUGGAUAGUCGUUUUGUUUUGUUUUCCGUUUUCUCUAAAAUAAUCAAUUGGCAGUUUUAUUUUAUUUAAUUUUUUUGUUUGCUUCAAAUUCUGUGUUGAGGAAGGGGAGUGGAGGACAGUAAGCCGUGAAGGAGUGCGUAUGGUACAGGAUGUUUGAGAUCCCUCUCUUCCUCCUCCUCCUCCUCCUCCUCUUCCUUGGUAACUCUGACCAGUGGAGCCAACUUUAGGGGAAAGUAUUUGAUCUCUUCAGCGGGCUGCCUACACUUCUUUCCUUCUUUCCUUCCUCCAGUGUCGUCUGUAGCGCUUAUGCGAACAUGGCUUUCUCCCCUCCACUGCCUGCCUUCUCCCCUGUAGGCCUCACAGAAUAGGAAAUGAAUUUUCUUUUUUUUUCUUUUUUAAAAUCUGAAGGGGGGAGGAAUCAUGAGGUCCUCCCAUGUUAAAGCUGUUGCCGAGCAGCAAGGAGGGAUGUGCUUGCAUGCCACCAAGUGGACACUGUGGUGUAAGACACCCAGCUGCACCCUUUAAUGUUUUUUGUUUUUUUCAUUUCUAUGUAUUAAUUGGUAAAGUUAUUCAAGUUUGACUUUUUCAAGCUUUAUUUUAAAUUACAGCACCUCUGAAACAAACCUGCAAAAAUGGAUUCAGUAUCUCAGUUUACGUCUAGAAGUUCCCCAGCAUUAUGUGUAGGCUAGAGAGCGCAUGCAUGGUUUGGGCCAAGACAUGUGGCCUGGUAGUGAUUGAGAACAGUACUUGGGAAGGCAGGGCUUGGUUGAUUGGCUUAUUGAUUGAUUAUUGAUUGAGGAUGAAAGCACUGUGAAUUGGAGGUGGACAUGGAGUAGAUACUUUUUUAUAGAUUAUUUGGACGCCAUACCUAAGUUUUUGUUUAUUGGUAACCCAUUUUAGGUAAAGUUCAUAAUGAGAUCAAUGAUGUAAAGAAAUCUGGGAUGUAAAGAAUCUAAUUGCUAUUAAAGUAAAUUAAUUGUAGACAUCACCACCACCACCUCCACCCUUGAAUUUAACUUUGGCUUUGACCAUCCAGCGUGGCAUGUUGGCAUAUCCGUGUUUGCUCGGCACUCGUUUGUUAACUGGUCUACUUGUUUACUUGCUUGUCUGUUUGUUAAGUUUGUCCAGUGCUGUGAGUGAGGCGGGGGGAAUGGGGGUAUUUUGUAUGUGGUAGGGAAGGCAUGUGAGGGCAGGAUAUAAAGGGGGUGCAGUGGGUCUAAGGGCUGACAAUCCCAACCCACAUGCAUCACAUGACACACACAUACACACAUAUACACACACACUUGUAAAUAACCUUAUAAGAUAGUUUGUCUGGCCCAAGCCUUUCUGAAUAGUGCCCAGGGUGUUUCUCUGGCAGGGAGGUAAGAAGACGUGAACUCUGUCUUCUUUACCAUCAUUGUCACACGUUGAAGAAAAAAAGAAAACAAGUGAAAGAGAAAAAAAAAGAAUACAAAGAAUUUAUUGAUCAAAACUAUGCUGUAAAUGGAUGCUUUUUUUUGUUCUAUAACUUUCCUUGAAAUUAUUCAGAAAUUAUUUAAUGUAUUCACUAAUAAAGAUUUAUAUUCAUCUUGUAUAUACAGUACAUAGUAGUCCUUAAUAUAUAUUAACUGUUAUAUGAAGAAAUCUUCUAAAGGCUAUAUGGACUGAAUCGGAGGCAAAAUGCAAAACACUGCAGCUCUUUGUUGGUGGUCAUCUUUUUUGCAUUUAUACUGAAACUAAGAAUAACUUUUGUAUUUGUGGAUGGGACCCAUUCUGGGGCUGUGACAAUGAGUAACAUUGCUGCUGUACCUUGCCCUCCAAAUCUGAUGACUUCUUUUGUAUUUGUGAUUUCAUAUCUAGAUUUACAGUUUUUGUUUUUCAUUGUUUUUCUUUUGAAAAAAAAAUAUUUUCCAAAAAAAAAUCAGAAUUUUGUCAUGGCCAUUUUGGGAGAUUUUAAAAAAUACAAGGUUUUCAACACACUUUUUAAACUCUGAAGUCUGUGAUGCCACACCAGGCCAUGUGCAGCCUUCAGAGAUCUUGGCUGAUGACACACAAACACAAACGGUAUGCCUCAAUAAGACACACAUACACAUUCACACACACACACACACACACACACACACACACACACACACACACACACACACACACACACACCUCUGAGUCGACCCUGCACAAAGAUUUCAAAUCUGCUAAUUGAAGCGUGAAAGGUGUGUGAGAGAGGAGGAAGUGAAAGAGAGUGUGAGAGGCAGACUGUGCUUGCAUACGUGUGUAUGGGCUCUCCACGCUGAUGGCCUGUGUGUUAUGCUGUACAUAGACAGGUGGGGAACACGCCUCUUCCACCAGCUCCUACUCCAGCGUAGCUCAGAAGCUAAACACAUUGUCAGUAUGUGCUGAAGCAAGUGCAGAACAAUCAGUAUUAUCUCUUUUUUUUAUUAUUUUUUAUGAUUACCUCGGUCAAGAAAAAAAAUGCUGUUUUCUAAUGUGUUGAAAUAUCUGUAUUUCUGGAGCUUUCUAGACCAUUUGAUUUUGUCAAUGCUGUGGAACAUUGUGUGAACUGCAAUUCCUUUAUAUAUAUAUAUUCAUAUAUAUAUAUGAUGGGGUGGGGGUUGGGAUACGAGGAUGCUGUGCAUUUGUAUAGUCAGGUAUCUGAGUAUGCAGCCUGGUGGUGGGCAUAGCUGUCAAGUGUCUGAUGAAGAAUGGUACAAAUUCUCUCUUACACGUAUCCACGAGUCCACUCAGCCACUGACACUCGCUCUGUGACUUUCUGACCACUCUCACUUGUGAAGGAUGUUACUGAGCAAAAAAAAGAGUUUUUUUUGUUUUUGUCUGUUGAAAUCAACAUCCCUUUCCUUGUUCCCACACGCACAGACGCGAGUACAUACACACUUUGAUACAUGUCCCCGUGUGGUUGUCACGCAAUUGUACCUCACAGCAUAGCUCAGUCUUUCACAUCCACCCCCUCACAUAAUAUUUUUUUUUCUAUAUAAAUAUAAAUAAUAAGAAGGCAUGGAUGUGACGCUUGCUCCAAACUGUGGCGGCAGUGAACUUUUUUUUUGUUUUAAAUUUAUUACCAUUGUUUUACUAUCAUUUCUUUGUGAAAGACAACCAGUUGCUCUAAAAAUAACAUUGACAUAUUCCUUUUUUAUAUAGAAAAAAAACAAGAAAAAAUACUUUUGUUUAAAACAUUUGAUGGGGACAAAAAAAGCAAUUCUGAAAAUGCAGUGUCUGUGUGGCCAUUGCAUACCAUGUUGCCAAUUCUGCGGUGUGAUACGAAGUUUGCUCUUGCAUGAAAUGAGACACUGUUCUCCUACCUCAUGUUGUGAUAUUAAAAAUGUUUUAUAAGCAGAUGACGCAUCUCUAACCAUUUAUCAUAAUUGAUAUUUACUAGCAAAAUACGUACCUGUACAAUGCUUUUAGCUAAUACCUCAGUUGUAUCUAGUGUUUUGUUUAUUUUCCAAAUUUCAGACCUUGUAUAUAUCUCUUGUAUAGACAUUGAACUUGGAUUAAAUUCAAGUAAAGUUCUGUAGUGUCAA